AUGUAAUGAAUAAAUUUUUUUUUUUUAAAAAAACGUUAUAUAUAAUAAAAAUUUGAUCGCGUAUAAUGUCAUAUGUAUAUACAUAUAUUAUACGCACAUAUAUAAUAUAUAUAUUAUAUUCCUCUGUCCACAAACAAAGUGCAUCCUUCUUUUCCCUCUUUAAUUUACUGCUUUGCUUACACAACACCGCCUCUCUCCUCCUCCUCGCCUUUCUUGAACCGGUCCUAGUCCACGCCUGCUCUUUCUUCCCCCUCUCUUUCUCUUCGUACCCUUUAUCUUUCUUUUCAAAAGGAACAAAAAUAACAUCACCCUUUCUCCCUAAUCCCCCAUUGAAGAACAGUUUAGACCUCCAGAUUAAGAUAAGAUGCUCGAAUGGGUUCAUGUCAUGGCGGUGGUGAUCUCCGCCGGCCUUCUCGCUGUUCUCCUCACCGUGUUUUUAACCCGAUGGUGUUUCCAUAAAUCCAGUGUUGAGAAUAACAUGAACCAGAGAACAGAGAGCUUGCAGGAAGGAAUAGCAAGGUUGCAUCAAACGAGCUUACAUAAUCAGAUUGAUUUAGAUAGCAAGCGAAGAGGCGGAGGGGGAACCGGAAAUUAUUAUGUUUUCCGACGUGGGAAUUUGCUGUUUAACUGGUCUGAUCAUCCGUCGCUCGUCACUGACGCCGUCGAAAAUGGGUGGUCAAGGUUUGGAUUCACCGGCGGCUACAUGUCGUCUCCGUCGAGUACUAAAUCAACUCUGUUGGGGCUAUGCGCGCCAGGCGAUUACAGAAGAGAAUCAGACACGGAAAUAAGCUGGGAAGUGUGUCAAGGUUCGGCGGAUUUUAUGCAGAAGAUCAGAUUAAAUUCUGGGUUGAAGAAGGUGAACUCAACCUCUGUGAUCAGAACCGCUCUGCCAUUGCCGGGUCCUCCUCUGGGAAACUCUGCUUUUCCCCAAGAAGCGUAUUUCGAGAUCACGAUCCUGUAUUGCCGAGAAGAUGAGUUUGAAUCCUCGAUGGGGAAAAUUAAGGAGGGAGAAAAGGCAAAACUGAUUCAAGAAAAAUCGAGCGCCAAUGCGAUUAAUAAAGCAGAAGAGUUGAAGGUCGAUCAUGGCGGAAAAGAGGAAGAAAUCGCUGUGUCCUUAGGGUUAACAGUGGGUGGUCCUCUGCCUUUUAGUCUUCCUGGAAGCUACCCAGCAUCCAUUGGCUUCAACUCUGACGGCUCUGUAUAUCUCGACGGAACCAAAUUAGUGUUCGAAUCCGAAAAAGUUGAAUGGAAAAAGAAUGAAAAAAUUAUCGGUUGUGGGUUUAAUCCAAAACAAAAGAAAGUGUUUUUCACAGUUAAUUCAGAGUUAGUUCAUGUAAUUCAUUGUAAGUCUGAAGAAUUUGGAAGCCCUCUUUAUCCAACUCUAGCAGCAAAUAUUGAUAUAUUAGUAUUGGUAAAUUUUGGACAAAGUGUUUUUAGUUAUGCACCAGCUAAUACUCAAAGGACAGCAAACCCUUGUUUCAUUGGGCCCCUUGUGAAUUCUCCAAAUACAGUCGCAGCUUUAGGAUAUGAAGAUAGCAAAGAGCUUUUUUCAAUGGGGAGAAUCGAUUCGCAAUGGUUUAAUAGAAGUAUUGCACGAGGAUAUAACAAUAACAAUAAUAGUACUCGAACUAUGGAAUUUGACGAAGAAUCUGACAAUGAUUUAUUCGAAAUCGUGCUGGAAAGUCGUGGGAGAUCACCCAAUACAGGAUUUGAGCUACAUCCUGUUGGAUAAUGUUAUUAUAAGUUAUGAGUUCGAGGUUGUUAUAUUAUUUUUCUUAACAUUUUUGCUUUAGAAAAUCAAACUUGCAUAGCAUCUUUGGGAUUCUUUCGUCAAUUUUCAACAGUAAUUUUUAUAAUAUUAAGUGAAUUGUUUCAUCAUGAGAAAGUAUAUAUUGUACACAUAAAGAUGUUCACUUCU